GCUAUUUAGAAAAACAGGAGGCAUACCACCACUUAGUGAUCUGGGAGUCCAGGGAAGCCACGUGAUCAAUAUUCCUAGAGUACAUAUAGCAAUAUUUCACUUCUCACAUACCACAUUUAUUCUAGUGAAAAUUGCUGUUUCCUUCUUUUUUAUAUUCGUAACUUAAGUAUUAAUAAGUACGAGAUAAUUCAUAAGGUUUAAAGGAGAGUCAUCGUGAUAACUUGUAGUAACCUCAAGUAGGUAAAAACAAUUAUUUAUUAUUGAUUUGCGCGCAAAUAAAUAAAACGUUAGUAAUAUCUCUGACUUGUUCGGAACUUGUUGUGUAGCAAUUAUGAUGAAGUUCUUAAUCCUGCUAUCAUUCUUCGCUGUGAUCUACGCUCGCGAAAUCAGACCUAAUUGCUUAAUUAUACGCAAUAGAAGCUACGAAAAGGAAGUUCUUAAAGUUGACAUUAAGAGCCCGUAUCAACUGUCAAUAGAUUAUGACACGAAUACACUAUUCUUCAGUUACACCGCCAGAAAAGAAGAAAUGUUCCAAAUAGCAUAUCUAAGUUUAAAAACAAAUGAAUAUGGCGUCGUUUCCGGUAUUCAUGGAGGAUUCGCCACUGCUGUCGAUGCUAAGCACAGUAUUGUAUACAUGGGAGGUGAAGAUGGCAUUUACAAGUUCCAUUACCAAAAUAAAACCGCUACCAACCUCAACAUCAGAAACAACGUCAAUAUAUGGCAAAUGUUCUUCAAGGAUGGAUUGUACUUCACAACUUACCCCGAAGAAACGGCGUUCUUGUAUAAAAAAAAGAAGGUGGAUGUGGUACCAGAAUUUGUUAAUAUCAAAACUAUGUUGAUUGCUGUCAAUAAAGAUGGGAAUAUGGUAUACGCUAAUUCUUCAGGGUUGUUCGUAUAUAACAAGCUUAGAAUGACCACUAGCCUUUUGGAUACGGCUGUUGUGAAUGGGAUAACAGCUGACAUCGACGGUAACUUAUACUUCUCAACUCCUACCGGAGUGUACUAUAUUAAUGAAGUCACGAAUGAAGUUGAUGAGCUUUUUAAAAUGGAAAAUAUCUAUGGAGUAGCUGUUGAAGGCAAUGGAGACAUCAUUUAUGCUACAGAGGAUAGUAUUAUAAGACUGAAACCUACGAAAGAAGAAUGCUACUAUGAUCAAAAGUGGUUGUCCAACGAAAGUAUAUAAUUAAAUUACUUUAAGAUUUUGAUACUAGUUUAUAAAGAAAUGUACAAUAGCUAAAUUUAACGAAAGUCCCUAAGAGCCCAAAGAGGAAUAAUACUAAAAUUCGAUGUUUAAUUAAUAAAAUAGAUUAUAAGAUCA